AUGGCCCUUUUCCAAGAAAUCCAAGCCCGUCAGAAAGAAUUCAUGAAGAUGUUCAACUCGGGCGACGCAAAGGGCGCGGCCCUCGUCUACGAUCCCGAUGGUUAUUUCAUGCCGAACGGCCAUAACCCGGUGAAGGGACGCGAUGGGAUUGAGAGCUAUUUCAAGCAGGAUAUGUCGGAGGGUGUGCAGACCGCACAGAUCAUCACCGAAGAAGUGAACGGAAGUGGUGACUGGGCUUUUGAAAGGGGCAGUUAUCACUUGGAUGGGACCAAGGGGAAAGAAUGUGGCGCUUAUUUACUCGUCUGGAAAAAGGUUGAUGGCGUGUGGCUAAUCCACAACGACUGCUUCAACGUCAUCAAGCCAGCCCAA